ACUGAAAUGAAACCUGUUGCUAUGGGAGACAGGGAGUCGGGUUACUACGGCAACAACAAUAAGGGACCAAAUGAGUGGUUAGCUCGUCUUUAAUGAAUGUUUUUAAAGGUGUGUGUGUGUGUGUGUGUGUGUGUGUGUGUGUGUGUGUGUGUGUGUGUGUGUGUGUCUGACCGUCUCCUUCUUCUUCAGGUGUGUGUGUUGUACUUCGCUCAAAGCGUCGAGCUGACCGGAGUGAAAGAGGAGGAGCUUGUUGCCGUGCCGACACCAAUCAGCAGCCGGGACCUUUGGAGCCUGUUGCUACAGCGACACCCAAGACUCUCCGUCCUGCAGGAUCAGGUGGUCUUGGCGGUGCGCCAGCAGUACGUUGCCAUCGGCGACCAGGUGGUGACUCUGGGAGACGGGGACGAGGUUGCCGUGGUGCCGCCGCUGAGUGGAGGAUAAACAGACGAUGUCGGAGCAGCAGAGAGACGUCCUCAAGCUGAGCCGUGAUUGGCUGUCUGUACAGGAAGUGGUGGACACCGUGAGCAGCUCUUCCUGUGGAGCAAUUUCAGUUUUUAUAG